AUGACUGGGGUUGCCCUGACACUGCCACUCUGCUCAUACAGGGACACCAUCGACCUUGACAACCCCCAGGAGAAUGUGAAGGCGACGCAGCUGCUGGAGGGGCUGAUCCAGGAGCUGCAGAAGAAGAACACGUACGACCGGUGCCCCAUGGAGCUGGUUCGCUGCAUCCGGCACAUCCUCUACCACGAGCAGCGACUGGUUCGGGAAGCAAACAAUAGCCCCUCACCAGCUGGUUCCCUGGUGGACGCCAUGUCCCAGAAGCACCUGCAGAUCAACCAGACCUUCGAGGAGCUGCGGCUCAUCACGCAGGACUCGGAAAAUGAGCUCAAGAAGCUGCAGCAGACACAGGAGUACUUCAUCAUCCAGUACCAGGAGAACAUGCGCCUCCAAGCUCAGUUCUCCCAGCUCUCCCAGCUGGGCCCACAGGAGCGUCUGUCAAGGGAGACCACACUGCAGCAGAAGAAGGCAUCUCUAGAGGCCUGGCUGCACCGGGAGGCCCAGACACUACAGCAGUACCGUGUGGACCUGGCUGAGAAGCACCAGAGGACGCUGCAGCUGCUGCGUAAGCAGCAAACGACCAUCCUGGACGAUGAGCUGAUCCAGUGGAAGCGUCGGCAGCAGCUGGCAGGGAAUGGGGGCCCCCCUGAGGGCACCCUAGAUGUGCUGCAGACCUGGUGCGAAAAGCUGGCAGAGAUAAUCUGGCAGAACCGGCAGCAGAUCCGGCGGGCUGAGCACUUGUGCCAGCAGCUGCCAAUCCCAGGCCCAGUGGAGGAGAUGCUGUCGGAGCUGAAUGGCACCAUCACUGACAUAAUCUCUGCCCUGGUGACCAGCACCUUCAUCAUUGAGAAGCAGCCCCCCCAGGUCCUGAAGACACAAACCAAGUUUGCAGCCACCGUGCGGCUCCUGGUGGGGGGGAAGCUGAACGUGCACAUGAACCCCCCCCAGGUGAAGGCCACCAUCAUCAGUGAGCAGCAAGCCAAGGCCCUGCUGAAGAACGAGAGUACCCGCAAUGAGAGCAGCGGGGAGAUCCUCAACAACUGCUGCGUGAUGGAGUAUCACCAGGCCACCGGCACACUCAGCGCCCACUUCCGCAACAUGUCCCUGAAGCGGAUCAAGCGCUCGGAUCGCCGCGGGGCUGAGUCGGUGACCGAAGAGAAGUUCACUAUCCUCUUUGAGUCACAGUUCAGUGUUGGUGGCAACGAGCUGGUCUUCCAGGUGAAGACACUGUCCCUGCCUGUGGUGGUGAUUGUACACGGGAGCCAGGACAACAAUGCCACUGCCACUGUGCUUUGGGACAACGCCUUUGCUGAGCCUGGCCGCGUGCCCUUCGCUGUGCCUGAUAAGGUGCAGUGGCCGCAGCUCUGCGAGGCACUCAACAUGAAGUUCAAGGCAGAGGUGCAGAGCAGCCGUGGGCUAACCAAGGAGAACUUGGUGUUCCUGGCACAGAAACUCUUCAACAGCACCAGCUCCCACUUGGAGGACUACAGCAACACCACAGUGUCCUGGUCCCAGUUCAACCGGGAAAACCUGCCCGGGAGGAAUUACACCUUCUGGCAGUGGUUUGAUGGGGUCAUGGAGGUGCUGAAGAAGCAUCUGAAGCCCCACUGGAACGAUGGGGCCAUCCUGGGCUUCGUCAACAAGCAGCAGGCGCACGACCUGCUCAUCAACAAGCCCGACGGGACCUUCCUGCUGCGCUUCAGUGACUCAGAGAUUGGUGGCAUCACCAUUGCCUGGAAGUUUGACUCCUCUGAGAGGAUGUUCUGGAACCUGAUGCCUUUCACCACCAGGGACUUCUCCAUCCGCUCCCUGGCCGACCGCCUCGGGGACCUCAAUUACCUCAUCUAUGUGUUCCCUGACCGGCCCAAGGAUGAGGUUUUUUCCAAGUACUACACGCCGGUUCUCUGUGAGUCCACGCCAGCUAAAGCCGUGGAUGGAUACGUGAAGCCACAGAUCAAGCAAGUGGUGCCAGAGUUUGUAAGUGCAUCAGGUGAUUCUGCCCCUGGAGGGGCCACCUACAUGGACCAGGCUCCCUCACCUGCUGUCUGCUCCCAGCCCCAUUACAACAUGUACGCCCAGAACCCCGACACUGUUCUGGACGCUGAGGGUGACUUCGACCUGGAUGACACCAUAGACGUGGCGAGGCACCAGCCCCCAGGCCCCCCACUCCCUGCCGAGGGGCUGCUCGGGGCAGGGGCCAGGCCUCAGGCUUUUGCUGUUGUCACUAAGAAUUUCUGCCGUGUCCUGCGCCAGACCGACUGCGCGGGGCUGCCUGUCUACUGCCCCUUCUACCGGGCAGCGGGAGCCCUGCUGGGUGUGAACCUGUGGCCGGAGGAGCCAGUGCCCCGAUUCCUGCUCUGUCCUGACUGGGCUUUCUAUGAGUUCCUGCCCUGCCCGGCCGAGGUGGAGCCACAGACGGUGCUGCUGGGCGAGCUCUGGGAGGGACGCGAGUACCAGCUGGUCCUGACAGCCCGGUGCCCUGCCGGGGAGGUGCUGAGGGUCACUGGUUUCCACAAGCAGUGUCCCUUGGUAGAGCCUGUGCGUAGGGAAAGCCAGACACUGAGCGUGAGGGGCGAGAGCAUUCCUGAGGAUCGGUUCUGUCGGAGCCUGUGCCGCGCCGUGGGCAUGUGGCCGGGCGCUCGUCUGCUCGACUAUGUCUGCGUGGAGAGUGACCUGCUGGGCGCCUCUUCGGGGAUCUGCGCCCCGCACUACGAGGUGUUCGUGGAGCUGCAGGGCUUACGGGACCUGUCGGAGGGGCAGCGCUACAAGCUGGACCAGUGCCUCCAGGAGGAUUUUCCUCUCUAUAAAUCCUUCCGCUUCAAGGGCAGCAUUGGGCCCCUGCGCCUGCACCUGGUGGGGGCUGGAGCCUUCGCCCGGCUGCGGGAGGCACGGGGGCCCCCUGGUCUCAUGCCCAGGGUCCUGCGGGAGGAGCGGCUGCUGCAGCUUGUCCAAAGCUCUGUCAUCUCCUAG